GGGGUGGAGAGAGCGUCGUCGCAUCCGGUGACGUCUCCCGCGGGCGUCGGCAGGGUCGGCGGCGUCGGCGGCUGGGUCGGCGACCGCAGCUGUGGGAAAUGGCGGAGUAUUUGGCCUCCAUCUUCGGCACCGAAAAAGACAAAGUCAACUGCUCAUUUUAUUUCAAAAUUGGAGCAUGUCGUCAUGGAGACAGGUGCUCUCGGUUGCACAAUAAACCGACCUUUAGCCAGACCAUCUUGAUUCAAAACAUCUAUCGUAAUCCCCAAAACAGUGCACAGACGGCUGACGGCUCACACUACCAUUGCCCUCUUGAACAUUUACCGUAACCCUCAAAACUCUUCCCAGUCUGCUGACGGUUUGCGCUGUGCCGUGAGCGAUGUGGAGAUGCAGGAGCACUAUGAUGAGUUCUUUGAGGAGGUCUUCACAGAGAUGGAGGAGAAGUACGGGGAAGUGGAGGAGAUGAACGUCUGUGACAACCUGGGAGACCACCUUGUGGGGAAUGUGUAUGUCAAGUUUCGCCGUGAGGAGGAUGCAGAGAAGGCUGUGAUUGACCUGAAUAACCGCUGGUUUAACGGACAGCCAAUCCAUGCUGAGCUCUCGCCCGUGACCGACUUCAGGGAAGCUUGCUGCCGUCAGUAUGAAAUGGGGGAGUGCACACGAGGAGGCUUCUGCAACUUCAUGCACCUGAAGCCGAUUUCCAGAGAGCUGCGGCGAGAGCUAUACGGGCGACGCCGCAAGAAGCAUAGGUCAAGGUCCCGGUCCCGGGAGCGGCGCUCUCGGUCUAGAGACCGCGGUCGUGGUGGAGGCGGCGGUGGUGGAGGUGGCGGAGGUCGGGAGCGAGACCGGAGGAGGUCAAGAGAUCGGGAAAGAUCGGGGCGAUUCUGAGCCAUGCCAUUUUUACCGUAUGUCUGCUAGAAAGUGUUGUAGUUGAUUGACCAAACCAGUUCAUAAAAUGGGAAUUUUUUUUUAAAAAACAACAAAAAAAAAAAACACAAAGAUGGGUUUCUGAAUAAAAUUUGUAGUGAUA